AUGUACAGGAUGCAACUCCUGUCUUGCAUUGCACUAAGUCUUGCACUUGUCACAAACAGUGCACCUACUUCAAGUUCUACAAAGAAAACACAGCUACAACUGGAGCAUUUACUGCUGGAUUUACAGAUGAUUUUGAAUGGAAUUAAUAAUUACAAGAAUCCCAAACUCACCAGGAUGCUCACAUUUAAGUUUUACAUGCCCAAGAAGGCCACAGAAUUGAAACAUCUUCAGUGUCUAGAAGAAGAACUCAAACCUCUGGAGGAAGUGCUAAAUUUAGCUCAAAGCAAAAACUUUCACUUAAGAGAUACCAAGGACUUAAUCAGCAAUAUCAACGUAAUAGUUCUGGAACUAAAGGGAUCUGAAACAACACUGAUGUGUGAAUAUGCUGAUGAGACAGCAACCAUUGUAGAAUUUCUGAACAGAUGGAUUACCUUUUGUCAAAGCAUCAUCUCAACACUGACCUGAUAAUUAAGUGCUUCCCACUUAAAACAUACCAG